AUGUCAUAUCAUCUAACCACAUCCUACGCUGGAGAGGCUCUUCUCUCUGGCUUCAACUGGUUCAAUGGACUGGAUCCUUCGCAUGGAUUUGUUUCCUAUCAAAGCAGACGCGAUGCCGAGGCCCUGGGCCUCUACAGCAUCGACGAUAGAACAGGAGUCGUCAGGCUGGGCGUGGACAGCACGCACGAGUAUUCACUCGCUGAUCGAGGCCGGCCGAGUAUUCGCAUCGAAAGCAAGGCGACGUAUGACCACGGCCUGUUCAUUGCCGACUUCUUGCACAUGCCGCCUUCGCAUUGCGGCUUAUGGCCAGCGUUCUGGACAUAUGGCGACAACUGGCCGUACGACGGCGAGAUCGACAUCAUCGAAGGCGUCAACACCGCCCACACAAACAUCCUCUCCGCCCACACCGCCGACGGCUGCACCCAGAGCCCGACCAUCGACGGCCUCUACAGCGGCACGCUGAUCAACGCCGAGUGCGCCGUCGGCGACAACAACAUUGGCUGCGGCUUCCACCCCUCGGGGGAGGACACCUCGUCGUACGGCGACGGCUUCAACGCCGCGCACGGAGGCGUGUACGCCAUGGAGUGGGAUUCCGUGCACAUUCGCAUCUGGCACUUCGCGCGGGGCUCGAUCCCGAGGGAUGUCGAGGAGAAGAGGCCGGAUCCCGAGACGUGGGGGCUGCCGAUUGCGGUGUUUGGGGGGGAGAGCUGUGAUGUUGAUCAGUAUUUCCACAGGAUGAGGCUGGUGCUGAACAUUAACUUUUGUGGUGAUUAUGGUAAUGCUGUUUGGGGCAACUCGGAUCAGUGCAAUCAGUUCGCGGCCACAUGCCCUGAAUAUGUGGCCAGUCAUCCGGAAGCCUUUGCGAAUGCUUACUGGGAUGUGCGAUAUAUCGACGCCUAUGAGCUC